AUGGAUGCACCCAUCGUCAGAGCAACAGUGCAGGCUGCAGCCCUCAGCGGCUUCUCGAAUGUCCUCGCACAGCUGAUACGAUGCUGGAGGGAAGGUACCCCGUACACCCUGAACACCGUCGACGUCUUCCAAUUCGUGCUCUUCUCGAUUCUGGCAUGCCCACCGAACUUCAUCUGGCAAAGCUGGCUCGAAGCCAAGUACCCCGCCUACACCGUGACACUACCGCCUGUUGAGAGAGAAGCACUGGUCGAUCAGACAGUCAAGGGCCGUACCACCGAGGAGAAGAGAGGCGCUGGUGAUGCUGCAAUUGAUCACAACGAAUUGAAUACUGGUGCUAUGACCGAACAUGGAAAGCAAGCCAGUCAGAGCCAGGGCAGGAAGCUGAAUGUCAAGAAUACGGCUAUCAAGUUCACUCUCGAUCAGACGCUAGGUGCUGCGGCAAAUACUAUCCUCUUCAUCGCAGGUAUCGCCUUGAUCCGUGGCCAAUCGACAGCAUCGAUCCAACAGGAUCUCUCAGAGAAAUUUUGGACAAUGAUCUUUGCUGGUCAGCGAUUAUGGCCUGCGGUGUCCCUUGCAAACUUCACUUUGGUGCCUUUAGAGUAUCGCAUGUUGGUUGGAAACUGCGCUGGUCUGGGUUGGAACGUCUACCUGAGUCUGCAGGCGGGUUCCGGCUAG